AUGAUGAUUGCAAUUACUUACUUACUCGCUGCCCGGCGUGAGCGCAUUAUAGCCAAGGGCCGUGUUGGCUAUGGAUCGAGGAAUGAAGCCCCGGGCGCCGCCUGUCCCUCGCCUGCGCGUCUUGCUUCGCCUACCGCUGCUGCUUCUGUUGCUGCUGCUGCUGCUGCUGCCGCUGCUACUACCGACUACUCCUGCUGGCAAUGCCACAUGGACAUGGAUACGAAUACGGCUGGCUGCCAUCCAGGGUCAACCCCUCAAUUGGCCGUCCGUCCAACCCUAAGUGUACACAUGCGGCAGAGCCCAUCCGCUGCUGCAUUCAACAUUUCCGCCCUCAGGCCCACGCUUUCGCCCUGUUCCUCCGACUUUCCGACCACACUAGCCGCCAAUAUCGGGAAUUGCUGCCUGCAAGACAGUCGGCACUGCAUCCCGUGGCUUAUCUGA